AUGUCUAGCACUCAUUCAGCCGUUCCCAUGGAAGAAGCUCAAGAGCUGUUGGUGGAAGUGCCAGAGGCACCUGCCACCCCUUCAAGCUGGCGGUGGAAAGCAGUGGGCUCUGUGGUUGUGUUGGCUCUUGUGGGCUGCGCAGCGUUCGCAUACAAGACCAUGCCCGCAGAAGAACCUGCAUGGACAUCCAGUGUGAUGCAGACCAUCAACGAUUGGGAGGAAAUCCCUGGAAUCGACAAGGUCAUCGAGCACGCCAAGACCCUCGAGCUGAAGCAGCCCCUGCGGAACCUGAACGACUUGUUCUACGAGUCCCAGCCGGAGGAACUGCCAUGGAUCCGCACCGAGUGCGUGAUCGACGUGGUUCAGGGCGCCGCCUAUUUGGGGCAAGCAGUGGUCUUCCUGUACAAGGCCAUUGACUAUGAUGGACUCAAAUGCCCCAACAACUCCCCAGUCGGCUGCGCUGCAAGUGUCGCGGGUUUCAUCACCUCCAUCACCUGGAUCGCCUCGUACCUCUCCUUCGCGGCCAACGCCUGUGGUGCCGCCGUCAACUCGGGCGCCCUCUGCGCGGGAGACUGGACGGCCCUCAUGGCGAACUUUGGUGAGAUGGCGACCGUGGGUGCAGCGGUCAAGGAGGAUUGCGACUUCAACAAGGACUGGAUCGCCCUGCUGCACGUCACUGACGCCAACCCCCUGCCCCCCAACUGGCAAGCCUUCGUCCCUGCUGGCGCCGCGCCCACCGUGGAGACCAUCGCCAAGGUGGAUGCGCUCCGCACGUCCAAGCGCAACCGCAACUUCGACCUCACACAGUGCGUCAUGGCCGACGUGACGAACGCGGCCUCCUACAUUGUGCGUGUCAUUCUGCAGAUCCGCUCGGCCGCCAGUGCCUGCCCUGAGCCGAAGGCCUGCGCCAUCAACAUCAUGAACAUCAUCAGCUCCUUUGCGUGGAUCUCCCAAUUCACGGCAUUGGCCGUCUCCGACUGCUGGACGAAGGGAAGCCAGAAGGCACUUUGUGCCGCGGACAUCUCUGACAUGGUGGCGGCAGUCACCAACGGCCCUGCGGCGGGCAUUGCAACUACCUCUGAUUGUGCUGAUAUGCCCGACCCUGUGGAGGAGGAGAAGCAUCUUCCAAUGGACUAA